AAAAUAAAAGGCAUCAAACCAAAACAGAGUUGUCUCCUCUGCUUUCCUCUAAAGCCAUGGAUUUCUCCCCAUCUCUUACCGGUCCUGCCCAAAUGCUACAGAAACAAAGUGACGACGAUUCUCUUGCGGCCAAAAACCAUCCCUCCUCCGGCCGGACGCUUUCCUUCUCUUCUUCCUCUUCUUUUUCUUCAUGUUCUUCCCACGGAUCUUCAUAUUAUCUUGAUGAUUCUCCAUUCAGUCCUUCCACCCCACUCCAUUUUUCCGGCGUCCCAUUUUCCUGGGAACAUAUGCCUGGAAUUCCCAAAAAACACCAGCAUCAUAAGAAAAAUGAGUCAAUAAAGUUGUUCCCGCUAGUGCCGCCUCCUGCCACCGCAUCCACCUUGAAAAAGUACAAUUCCGAGGACCCCACAUCCCGGAAAAAAAACCUCGGUGAGGCAAGCUUCCGCAAGGAUCCGUUCUUUGCAGCUUUGGUCAAAUGCUCUAAGGACCAGGACGAUCAAGAAUCCGGCAAUUUAUGGACCGGGGCUAAGCUUUCCCGGAGUCUCAGUGACAGGUUUGGUUUUAUAAAUCUCUACACUUCCUGCAAAAGCACCUGUGAUGUUACGGAAUCAAUAGCCUAUCUUCCUAAAUCAAGAAGAGCACCAUCUUAUACUUACGGCAUAAUUAGCCACCACCGUUCCCGGUAUAUGUGAUCAUGUUCAACAGAUUUACAUUUCCUCUGUUCUCUUCCUUCUACAUUUUUCCUUUUUACUUUUUUGUAUGUGAAGAAAACAGUAUGUCAGUUUGUGUGCGAAGAAAACAGUUUGUUAGCAUGACAAUAUGUCUUCGAGACAGGAAAAUCAUUGUAAUAUAAUAUAAUGAGUAGGAAGCUGCAGAGCUGGCCUGCUUUGGUUUUAUAUUACUAUAAAUACAUUGUUGUGAAUGAAUUGCUCUUGUUGUA